CUUGAAAUGAAAUAUAGCCAAUAUAGGCAUAGGCUUAACGAAACCAAAUGCCAAAUAAUGUUUGAAUUCACUUAGGAAAAUACAUUCUAUUUUAUUUAUAGUUAUUUAAAAUUAAUUGUUUCAUUUUAUUAGUUUAAAUUAUAUUACGGUACUAUCUUUCGAUCUUUAAAAGUUAUUGAAUUGCAAACUAAACGUGUUUUGCGUCAUCAUUUUUUGUUUCUAUUUUCUUAGAACUUUACCCGUUGCCUCGAUUUGGCUUGUCACACGCUGUUUAACAAUAACAACAACAAACCUAUGGCCUAACAUUUUGACGACUAGGUGAAUUCAGUUCACACAUAACAGAAGUUGAACACAGUCGCAUUUUAGCUGAACUGAAGGGGGCAUAUUUUCAACAGUAGUGAAAACAAAAUAUCAUAACUAGAAAUAUGAAGUUCAAAUUCAAGGAAGAACACACAUUGGGUAUGCAAAUCUGUCAAAUCAACAAUAAUAUAAUUUAUUUUAAUUGAUAACCACGAUCGAUUGUGUUAGUGAUUUACUGUGUUAGGUUAGUGUUAGAGUUAAGUGGACUUGACUUAGACUUAGUGACAUUUUGUUCUUAGUCUUACUACUUACUAAGACUAAGUUACUCUUGGUUUACAGUUACUGUACUUACUCUGUUGCUAAUAGUACCUACAUUACAGGGAGGGGGACAUCCUACGUCUACAUGAACAUGGCACCAAAAGUAAAAGCUAUUAUUUUUAUUAAUAAUAAUAGUAAUAGUAUUAAUUUUUAAUAAUAUAUAUUUUUCAGUAUAGUCAGUAUAGACUAGUAAAUUAAAAGAAAAAGUCUAUAGCAUAGUUUUUAAAUAGAAUAGACCUGGGCAUAAUAAGUAGCCAUCCAUAAAUCUCGAAUAUCAAGAGGGGGAGGGAGGGUAACACAUUUAUUUAUGGAUAUGUUAAGGUGUCUAAACUGUGUGACAAUUUGUAACAAUGAAAAAGUGGGGGGGGGGGUCCAAAUUCUGCUAAAAUAGUGUAUCUUUUAUAGAUGGCCCCUUGUGAUGGAGUGAAACUUUCAACAUUAAUAUAUUAGUAGCUACAGCUAGGGCUAUACAUACAAUUAUUAAAAUGGAUAGGCCUCAGUGGUGAAGCUAGGGCUAAUGAUUUUGGACACCUCCUUCAACAAAAAAUCUCUGCAGUUGGCUGAAAAUGUCACCCCUCCUAAUAAAGGAAAAAAGUGCCACCUGGGGCGGACCGUGCCACCUGGGGCGGACCGUGCCACCUGGGGCGGACUGUGCCACCUGGGGCGGACCGCACCCCCUUCCUACACCACUGCUAGGCCAACGUGAUACUAUUUAUGAUUCAUUGAAGUUGUCCAGUUAAGAUUGUACCUGACUCACCUUAACGGAUUUGUCUUUUGAUAAUUUAAUUAAUAAAGUUUUCAUAAGUUUUUAAUCGCUCUCUGAAGUCUUUUUCAAAACUACUUUUUAAGACCACUGUCAGUUAAGCCUAUUUUGAGAUAUGCCUUUCUAAAACAUUGAGUCUUAGUGGAGUGGAGAGAGAGGAGUUAAGUCACUCAUUUCUUAGUGAAUUUUAUUGACAAUUUGUCACUUAUCUCCUGGACUGUUUCAGAAUUGUAAAUAGAUGUAGGAUUAAGAGAAAAUCUUUCUGUUGUACAAUAUAAAACAGUUCAUGUAUGAUAGGUCCUACUUUCAUAUUGCAAUGUUUAAUUGUAAUUCUGAUUUGAUUUUUACAUCUUUAUGAUGAUUGUGACUUGAAAUUUGUGUAUAAAAUUUCAUUUAUAUUUCAUUUAGGCCUAUACAAGACCAAGCUAUUUCUAAAAAUAAGAGAUGGGGAUUAGGCUAAUAAAAAAUAUUGAGGGAACUGCCCAGGUUCAUAUUGGCUCAAUGUUUUGCUGAAGUGAUAAUUGUUUUGAGGCCAGCUCUAUAUUUUCUGCGGCGGUAAAUCUAACCCACUAAAGGUUGCGUUUACUAUGUUUGGUGCUCUACCAGCAGUUACAAAAUCGAAAUGAUCACUCUUAAAAUCAAUAUUGUCAUUAAGAUUAAGGGAUUGACGUUAUAUAGGAUGAUGACUUAUUUUUGCGAUGAGAAAUUCUUUGGAUGUCUUAUGUUUAAAUUUUUCUAGUUUUAAUCAAUUUUUUUUGUAAGAAAUACCCAUGUUUUGAAUUUAUGUUCACUUAGAAAACUAUUUGUAAAAUUUAAUUUUUAAGGACAUCUUCACUUUAAGGUUUUAUGGGCAUUUAAGGAAAAGUUAUUUUUGGUUAUUUUUUAAAGUAAAUUGUUUGGCAGCCCUUAGUUUAGUCUACCUUAUUUGUAGUCUACUCAGUACUGAGUGGAGUAGGUCGUGGGUGGAGAUGGGGCAGUCCACCCUGAUAUUUCUUUAUAUUGAGUGGUGCCAUUUUCAGCCAACUGUUCCAUUCUGUUCAUGGAAGGGGAUGACAAACAUGUUGGCCCACCCCAGUCAGCAAUAAUCCUAGCUACGCCACUUUCAUUACUUUCAAAAUGCUCGAGAUGCUGGUUAUAAUUAGAAGUACUAAAGAAUCAUAAGAUUUCACCUAUACCUGCCAGGUUAUAAAAAAUAUUUUUAGGUUCAGGUCUAUUCACUGAGUGAAAGUAUAAGCAUUAAUUAAAUGCUUACAUACAAAGACUGCCAUAUUAUUGAUCUAACACUAAUUAUGUGUGUAUACUAAAAAACAGGGUACAAGUACUUUAAAUAUGGUUUCAACCUGAAUAUUAAAAUUACUUUGAUAGUAAUGCUGUUUACGUGGUCUUUUGUUGUAAUAUUAUACUAUUGCUUGAGUGUGUAUGCUGAUAGUCUCUUAAGUGUUUGGUACAUGGCAGGGGUCGUGAAUCUUUUUGUAAAAUUGCGCCAAAGAAGGAUUUCUUUUUCAUUCAGCAUGCCAAAUUCCUGUCAGUCUGCCAUAUAAGAAACAUUUUCAUUUUUUUGGUCUUUCGCAUGCCGUUGAAAAUAUCUCUGCGUGCCAAGCUUUGCAUGUGUGCAUAGGUUGUCCAAGGAUUAGCUAAGUUUCCUGUAGUGGAAAAGGCAGCCACUUCAUUUUUUUUUUAAAGCAGGAUAGCCUUCCAAAAUAUAUAUUUACUAUUAAAGUCUGGUGUGGAAGAUGCAUUAGCUGUCACACUUGAAUGUGAGAUUCUCAGUGAGCAGAUGCUUGAGGAAGAAAAAAAAAUGCAAGUAAAAGAAGCUAGAGAGUUCAAGUGCAAGAUAUGAGAAAAGUGUGCACAUAGAGAGUUGAGGCGAUAAUGUCUGGUGCUGUUCUGUAGAGACUCUAUGAUAUGUGGGUGUAAAUCACUCUCUCUUGUUAAUUGUUGGAGGCAUGCACAAAUCAUAAGUCUGGUUGAAGAGUAACAAGUGUCUUACAAAUGCACACAUGUGACCUGUUUUUGGUACAGGGUUUAAACAUUUUUCUAGUUGUACAUGCUCACAGGAUUCUGUAAGAUUUUUCACCUGAUUUAGAAAAGAAAUAUUUUUUCACAUAGCAGUGACGACACACAGCUGAAAAUCUUUUACUUGCUGCCCAAUAAAUUGUCAACAGGAAGCUGCAAUUGUAUAGGUCUGUUCAAUAUGAGCUUUGGCCAAAAGUCUGAGAUUGGUAGGCUAUAUAAAUUUAGAAACUGAGCUUGUUUUCAUUGAGACCAUUUGUUAAUAGUACUAUAGUGUUGUUCAGUAGUAACUCCUUGAGUGGUUAAACCAGUGGUUCUCAACCUUUCUAGUGCAGCGACCCCUUAAUACAGUUUUUCGUGUCGUGGCGACCCCCAGCCACACAAUUAUUUUCGUUGCUACUUCAUAGCUGUAAGGAAUAUAUGUUUUCAGAUGGUCUUAGGCGAUCCCUGGAAAAGGGUCCCGCAACCCCCAAAAGGGUUGCGACCCACAGGUUGAGAACCGCUGAGUUAAACCAUGAUUACAAAUUAAUUUGUUUUGUACAGUUUUGGGGUACUUUUGUAAAAUAUUUGAUCCCAACAGGUUGGCAUGUACGCAAGUGUGUCUAAUGAAUGACUGUGUUACACAGAUUAAAGAAAUGUGUAUGUACUGUGUUGAACUUAUUAGAAAUGUGUUUCUACUUUGAAAGAUGAUCAGACUUGUGAGAUGGUGUAAAUAUUGAGUCAGCACAGCUAGACUGAAUUUGGACAACAAUCAUACUCAAGUCUGUCACCACACCCUCGAAGAUGGGGAACACUUUGUUAUAAUAGACAUGUAGAUUCAAAUAGUAUUAAGAUGACAUCCUAAAACUGAGAUUUAACUUGUUGAAUAUCUGAAAUUGUUGUGCUAAAUAAAAAUUACCUUUACUAAUUCCAGAGCACAGGAGGCUUGAGUCAGGAAAAAUUAGGACAAAAUAUCCAGAGAGAAUUCCAGUGAGUAUAGUAGAACAAACUAUUGCAUUUGGUUAUUGAAACAAGUACCUAGUUAUUGAUAAGAUGUUGUGUAAGUAUUAAAUGUUUUUGUGUUUUUUAAUACUUUAACAUGUUUAAGUCCUUUGCCUAGAAAGUUAGAUUUUAUUCUGAGCCAGCUUACUCACCUUUCUAAUUACAGUGAGUUUAAAAAUGAAUUGUAUUAGAAAGAAGUUAAACCUGUGUUAAAGGUGUCGUACAAAAUUUUAUUGUGUAAUCAAAAUAAUGUAUAAUUAAGUAAUGGGAAAAAAUUUUAGAUCACAAUUUUUAACUAUUGGACUGCUUUAAACACUGUCUCAUUGAGGAAUGGGUGACAAUGAAUCAGCCUUACUAAGACUAAGUUUUUCUGUCUCAUUGAGGAAUGAGUGAUUAUGAAUCAGCAAAACUCAGUUUUUGUUUCAGUUGUUGACAGUUUUUUUUCCCUUGUACUAUUCUUUUCCAUUUCCAUUGAGACAAUAUUUUUUAAAUUGAAAAUUAUUGGAUAUCUGUCUGUCUGCAUUAUUUGUAUUGUUUUUUUCUUAGAUGAUAUCUGUACACUUUCACAGGGAAAUAAAGAAAUCUGCCAGAUUAUCUUGUUCUUAAAAAAAAAAACAAUGCUAAAUUUACUUUUCAACCUGCUCCUUUCAUCAGUUUACACAUUUUUACAAAUUAAAAGGGUCUAAUGUUUAAGUGCAGGGAAAAAAUAAAAGAUUUUCCAUUCAAACUGAGCCACCUUUGUAAUGACUGAUGUCAUUAGUACAGUAAUAGUCAGUAUUGUGGAGAACUCCAACACAUUCCAGCAUUUGCUUAGAGCAAGUGCUAAGUAAGGUAACGCUGACCAGGGAAAGAAGGAAACAAGUGGCGAAGCAAGUUGACUCUGUUGUGAGAGAUAAUUUAAGCUAGAAGCCAAGGGUACUUACUGAGUAACUAUGUACCAUUAGAUUGUCAUGCCAACUUAUUCUGAGAAUGCUUAUGUGUUAAGACAGUGGGUGCUAGGGGUGAGUUUUUGAUUGAAAGGGGUUGCCAGAAAAUGUUUGAGAACCACUACUAUAGGAGGUGUACCCAUAAUAAGACAGAAAGGUUAUUAUCCACCAAAAUAGCAGCGACACAACAAAUGCUCUUUACAAUUUCAUAACCAUUUCAUUUUGCACAUUUGCUAACGCUACUUGCUUUAAGUAGGUGGUGGAUAUUCUUUGAUAGGCAAUUAGGCUAAUCCCUUAACCACCAGUUUAAACAACUUUGACAGGCCACAUGUAAAUUUGAGUUAAACUUAUAUUUCAUAAUGUAUACUGUAUUUUUUUACCACUGCAACUAUUGGAUUAGACAUUUAGUAGGAAAUUAAUUUUUUUUGCCACCUAAAAUUAUUCUUGACUUUUGUUACAGGUUAUUGUUGAAAAAGACCCCAAGUCCCACAUUGCAUCUAUUGACAAGAGGAAGUUUUUGGUUCCCAGUGACAUUUCUGUAGCUCAAUUUAUGUGGAUAAUCCGUAAGCGUAUCCAGCUGCCCUCAGAAAAAGCCAUUUUUUUAUUUGUCGGAAAAGUCUUACCGCAGUCUAGGUAAGUUAUGCAUCACGCCUUAACAUACAUCUCCUAUUUUAACAUGCAAAUGGGUCAUUUGCAUCUCUGGCAUGAUGAAACCAGUUUCGCCUCUUGCUCUUGCCACAAUUUACAUCGCAUAAUUGUACAGGAGGGUUGUCAGUCUUGACCCACUUCACAAACAGUAUAUUUCCUAUCAGUUGGGGAAGCUGGAUGUCUCUCUUUUUGAAUGAGAUAUGACAAAAAUAGUUGCCUGUCUAUUUUGACCUCUGCAGGAUUUCAGAGAGGAGAUGUAGCUAUUAAAUCAGACAGACUAAUUAACCAUAGGUCAGCCCUUUCAAUAAAAAAAAGUAUUUUUUUUCUAUUUUCCAGUUAAUCCCUUAACCCAAUAUUUUUACCCCCCCCCCCCCCCCCUGCAAACAUAUUUUUUUCCCCAUUAGUUUUGUCUAACUUGGAGUGACCCAACUGAUUUAAUUAAGUAGUAGAAAAUGUCAUUAUUUCAAUAAAAAAAAGUAUUUUUUUUCUAUUUUCCAGUUAAUCCCUUAACCCAAUAUUUUUACACACCCCCCCCCCCCCUGCAAACAUAUUUUUUUCCCCAUUAGUUUUGUCUAACUUGGAGUGACCCAACUGAUUUAAUUAAGUAGUAGAAAAUGUCAUUACUAAAAUAUCAAAAUAAAUUAUAUUUUUCUUAAUACGUUACAUUGCCUUUUUUGCUGUAUCAUAACUUGAUAAUUGCAUACACUAUCAAAUUUUACUAUUGAAAGCUACUGUCAGAGAUAAUCAUUUCAUACUCUAUAUUUCCCAGUGCAAGCAUGGGUCAGAUUUAUGAGGAACAUAAAGAUGAGGAUGGAUUUUUGUACAUUGCAUACAGUGGAGAGAACACAUUUGGCGCCUCUUGGGAUGUGGGCACCUUGUAGCAAAGGAGCUCUCCUAAAUAAUCAACAGUGUAUGGCCAACCACUUUCAACAUGUCAAGAUACAUUUUGCUAUGCAUGCUUUCACCACGGAUAAGCUAUUUUAAUUUAUGCUGAAUUAAUUUGAAAUAUGUUUUAUUUUUUAAAAGUGUUGAUAUUGGAUUGUUUUAUGGACCAAAAUAAAAAAUUUUAGUAAUAGGGAAACAAAAUUAUUCUUAUAACUCAGUUGUCCCGUAAUUUACUCAAUUUCUUGUUUUUAAAUCACUGCAGGACACUAAUAUUUUUUCUAGUUAUUGUGGUGAUUAUCUUUUAACAAGUGGACGCAAGUGUUCAAUUAUAUUGAUUUAAAAAUAAAAGUAAACUUAUUAUUGCAAUUGAGAACAUUAUAAAGGAACAGAUAUUUAUGGCCACUCAGUUAAAGCUGUGGAAAGGAUAAAACAUUCCAUGUAAAAAAACAUACUUGUGGAUAAAGACUUGUGUCGUUGGGAGUAUUUGAGUAUUUUGUAUAAACACCUCACAAAUAUUCCACAUUUGUUUUAGAUUUUGCCUACUUGUCACCAACUCUUUGAGGCUUCACACAUCUUUAUUCACAAAUAGGUCACUUUUGUUUUUUUUUUCAUCUAAAUCUAUCUUCUCUUAACUUCAAGUUUGCAGACCUGUUAAGCUUGGGUUAAAUAAAACUGACCCUCCUAUCUUCCUCAUCAUUUAUUAUCUAUUUCACCCCAUCUUGCAAACAACAACAACAUCUUUUAAUUAGCUUGACUUUUCACUGCAAAAAUUGCUACCGGUAGCCAUAGUUAUUUCUCAAAUCCUCUGCACACAAAAAAUAAAAAAAUCCUCGACACUUUGGAAAAUCAACUGGGACCCAAGAGCAUAGAAACCAAGAAAUGGGCUCAUGUUGUAUUAUUGUUUGGAUUUGAACAUAUUAAAUAUUAACAUCUUUUUACUACUUCCUUUAUUUCUUCACGACCUGAAACCAAAUGAUAAAUGGUUGAAAUAUAGCCUGUGAUGAAUAGCUUUAAAAAAAAAAAACAGUUUUUAAAUUUGAUAAUUUUGUAUGAAACAUUAAUUAAAGUUGAAAUUGAUUCCAGCAGAGGUCAAUGAAACAAUUUCAAGUUGUAAAUAAAUUGAAUAUAAUGCAUGACUUUUAAUUAAAAUAAGAAAUAAACACAUUUGUCAAGACUU